AUGAAGGCCGCAUUCGCUGGUAUAUUGACAUUUGCAGCUGCUGCAUUGGCUGCUCCUUUUGGAUCCCAAAAGGCUCUUCCUUGGGAUGACAAGAGCGUCUAUGAAAAGCACACCAUCAAGGCCAAGGGUAUUGAAGCCUCUUUCAUCGAAUAUGGCGCUGUAAUUACCAAUCUUUGGGUCAAUGACAAGGAAGGUGUCAUGAGAGAUGUCAUUUUGGGUUGGGAUGAUACCACACAAUACAAUGUUAAUGCUCAGCAUCCUUACUUUGGAGCUCUCGUCGGCAGAUACGCUAACCGCAUUAAGAAUGGAACCUUUGAAGUCAACGGUCAGAAGUAUUUCACACCCAUUAAUGAGCAUGGUGUUGACACCUUGCAUGGCGGCUUCACUGGAACUGACCGUUUGAACUGGACCAUCACCGACAAGGGUAAUGACUAUAUUGUCUUUGAGUCUUACAGCCAUUCUGGUGAUCAAGGUUUCCCAGGCAACCUCUUGACAAAAGUAAAAUACUCCGUUAACGACAAGCAACAGUGGACCAUUGACUAUGAAGGCUCUCCAGAUGCUGAUACCCCCAUCAUGAUGUCUCAACACACAUACUGGCGAUUGGAUGCUUUUACCUCUCCUGACCCCACCAUCAAGGACCAUGUUUUGCAAAUCAAGGCAGACAAGUUCAUCAAGUGCGAUGAAUACGAAGUGCCAACGGGUGAAAUUGCAUCCGUCAGUGGAACUGCUCUCGACUUCACUCAACCCAAGGCUAUUGGCCAGGACUUGAUGACGGCACAGGAAUGCGGCACUAACUGCACAGGUUACGACAACGCUUGGGUUAUCACUGAUCCCAAUCCCAGCGAGGAAACCCUUACCCUCUACUCUCCUCAUACUGGAAUUCAGUUGGCCAUCAACACUGACCAAGUCGCAUACCAAUUCUACUCUUGCGUCACCAUGGAUGGUACCAUUCCAGUAAAGAAGACUCAGGCUAACGGAAAUCACAAGUUUGUUGAGCAAUAUGGCUGCUUGGUCUUGGAAGCUGAAAACUAUAUUGAUGGUAUUAACAACCCUCAAUGGGGUGACAAGUACACUGGACUUGUCAAGGCUGGUGACAAAUAUACUCAGAGCACUACCUAUACUUUCUCUAUCCACAAAUAAUACCUAUAGUUGUUGUUUAAUAUUUCCUCUACCAUCCCAGACUCUUUUUCUUGAUUAAAGUAAUGAAACAUGUAAAAUGCUUGACAUUAAAGUCGAAUCCCAACCAAAAAAAAAAAAAAAAGUUUCCAAAGUAUUCUAUCGUAUUUAUCUAUUUUUUAAGCCUUGGGAAUAGUCAUAGAACCGUUUCUC